CUGUGUAAUUGAAGCAACAAGAAAGCCCAAAAUUGGCGUGCAACGAACCUUUGCAAUACGGUUGGAGUUGCUAUAAAGAAAGGAAAACAAACGAAGGUUCUGCGACUUCAAAUGUUCUCAUGCAAUCGAGCUACCAAACCAGCCAAGUGGUUCUUCCCUCUCCUAUUCCACAUAACAUCUCAACUCAAAACUCCACAAAUUCAACCUCUAUACAAAACCCACUGCCUUACAUUGUCAAAAAAUGCAUUACCCUUUUACAAAUCUGCGCCUCUUCCAAAUCAAAACUGAAACAAAUCCAUGCAUUUUCCAUCAGACAUGGUGUCACACCCACAAAUCCAGAAUUUGGCAAACACCUUAUAUACUCCAUAGUCUCCCUAUCAGCCCCCAUGACUUAUGCUCACAACAUCUUCACCCAAAUCCAAACCCCAAAUAUUUUCACUUGGAAUACCAUGAUUAGAGGCUAUGCCGAGAGUCAAAAUCCAAAACCAGCCAUCGAAUUAUAUCACACCAUGCAUUUAAAUUCCAUUGAACCCGACACACACACGUACCCGUUCCUUUUAAAGGCUGUGUCUAAGCUUGUGAACGUUAAAGUGGGUGAGAAGAUACAUUGCAUUACUAUAAGAAAUGGGUUCGAGCCUUUAGUGUUUGUUCAGAAUAGUUUGAUGCAUAUGUAUGCUGCUUGUGGGCGUUACGAGAGUGCACACAAGGUGUUUGCUUGUAUGCGUGAGAGAGAUCUUGUAGCUUGGAAUACUGUGAUUAAUGGGUUUGCUCUUAAUGGGAAACCUGAUGAGGCUUUGAAGCUUUAUAUGGAGAUGGGUUUAAUGGGUGUUGAGCCUGAUGGGUUCACUAUGGUUAGCUUGUUGUCUGCUUGUGCUGAGCUUGGUGGUUUGGCAUUGGGUAAGAGGGUUCAUGGAUAUAUGGUUAAAGUUGGUUUGAAUGAGAAUAUGCAUGCUAAUAAUGCUCUUUUAGACCUUUAUGCGAAGUGUGGGCGUGUUACGGAGGCACGAGAAGUGUUUGAAGAAAUGAAGGUGAAAAAUGUGGUUUCUUGGACUUCUUUGAUUGUGGGAUUGGCUGUUAAUGGAUUCGGAAUGGAAGCGCUCGAGUGUUUUAAGGAGAUGGAGAAGCAAGGAUUUAUGCCUAGCGAGAUUACUUUUGUUGGAGUCUUAUAUGCUUGUAGUCAUUGCGGGCUGGUAAAUGAAGGGUUCAAUUACUUCAAAAAGAUGGAGGGAUAUGGCAUUGUGCCUAGAAUGGAACACUAUGGAUGUAUGGUUGAUUUGUUAGGUAGAUCGGGUUUAGUGAAAGAAGCAUAUGAAUAUAUUCAGAAUAUGGCAUUGCAGCCUAAUGCUGUUAUUUGGAGGACUUUGUUAGGGGCAUGCACGAUACAGGGGAAUUCGGCUUUAGGAGAGAUUGCAAGAGCACAACUCUUGCUUUUAGAGCCAAACCAUAGUGGAGAUUAUGUGCUACUUUCUAAUCUUUAUGCAUCCGAUCAACGCUGGUCAGAUGUGCACAGCUUGAGAAAGACCAUGCUCAGUGAAGGAGUAAGAAAAACUCGAGGGCAUAGCCUCGUCGAGCUUGGAAAUCACGUCCAUGAAUUUGCUAUGGGUGAUAGAAGUCAUCCUCAAAGUGAUGCCAUAUAUGGAAUGUUAGUAAAAAUGUCGAAGAAGCUGAGAUUGGAAGGUUAUGUGCCUCACACAGCAAAUGUGCUUGCAGAUAUAGAGGAAGAAGAGAAGGAAAAUGCUUUGUUUUAUCAUAGUGAGAAGAUUGCGAUUGCUUUUAUGCUCAUUAAUACACCUCCUCGAACCCCAAUCAGUGUCGUCAAGAAUUUGAGAGUAUGCACAGAUUGUCAUUCAGCAAUCAAACUCAUAUCUAAGGUUUACGAUAGAGAAAUUGUUAUGAGGGACUGCAGCCGAUUUCACCAUUUUAGAGACGGUUCUUGUUCAUGUAGAGAUUUUUGGUGAACCAAUGAAUAGCAAAUUAGAAGCUUUUAGUGCGAAAAAAGUUUCAUUCUUUCAUCCAGCUUAACCAAGAUCUUCUGCUAUGUGAUUUGAGCACAAUUGUUUUACACUGUCUACUGUUAGAAGGAACCAACAAAAUUAUUUCUACAGAGAUUAUGGUAUAGCGUAUAGCGUAUGACUAUAUUUCUUAUGCAAAAACAGAAAAGGAUUUUCUACAAAAGAUCAAAAAAGUAAUCCAGCCCUUGCCCGAUUUCCCAAAUGGAGACGCCAGUUCCCCAUAAGCGGGCUUCCUCUAGCCGUAGAGAAAUUGACAUUAAUGAUGGGUAGAACACUACAUGUUUGUUAUCUUCAUCAUCAGUGUAGAGAAAAAAAUGCUCCCCGCUGUUCUUCUCCCAUUGCAAGUUAGGUUUGUGCUUCUCCAACAAAGAAAUGUAAUCUCUCCCGAUAAUAGCUCCACCACCGGAACCUGCAG